AAAUGGUCAAAGUUGCUGUACUCGGUGCUUCUGGUGGUAUUGGACAACCACUCUCACUUCUUCUCAAACUUAACGAAUGUGUUACAGAACUUUCCCUUUAUGAUAUUGUCAACAGUCCUGGCGUGGCAGCAGAUUUGGGACAUAUUAAUACUCCUGCAAGAGUGACCGGUUAUCUGCCCGCUGAUGAAGGUUUGAAACAUGCUUUGACGAGAGCUCACUUAGUUGUGAUUCCAGCAGGUGUACCGCGAAAGCCCGGUAUGACGAGAGAUGACUUAUUUAAGAUUAAUGCCGGAAUUGUUCGUGAUUUGGCCACUGGUAUUGCACAACAUGCGCCCAAUGCCUAUGUUCUUAUUAUUUCGAAUCCAGUGAACUCUACCGUUCCCAUUGUUGUUGAAGUCUUAAAAAAGCACGGUGUGUUUGAUCCAAAAAAAAUCUUUGGUGUAACAACUCUUGAUGUUAUCCGAGCCUCUACUUUCUCGAGUGAAAUUAGCGGCACAGAUUCUCGUGACGUUCGUGUUCCAGUUGUUGGUGGACACAGUGGACCGACUAUCGUUCCUUUAUUGUCUCAAAUAUCACCACCGCAAAGUUUCACCCAAGAACAAAUUGAAAAACUUACACAUCGCAUACAAUAUGGUGGUGACGAAGUCGUAAAAGCAAAAGAUGGAGCAGGUUCAGCCACCCUAUCAAUGGCUCAAGCUGGUGCACGAUUCGCAUCUUCUAUUUUGGAUGCCACUGUAAAAGGAAAAGCAGGAAUCAUUGAACCAUCUUAUGUUUAUCUCGAAGCAGAAGCAGAUAAGGAACAUUGUGCGAACCUCAAGAAAACUGUCGACGGAUUGGAAUACUUUUCUCAUAACGUUGAAUUAGGGCCUGGAGGAAUACAUAAAAUUCAUGGGCUUGGUGAAUUGUCCGAACAUGAGAAAAAGCUUCUGGCUGCCGCUAUUCCAGAACUUAAGCUAAGCAUCGAGAAGG